AUGAAAGGUGUGAGCGACGAAGGUGCAUCUGGAUUACAUUCACCAAUGCCGGGAGUUGUAAAUCGGGUGGAAGUUGUACCCGGGGACCAAGUCGUCAAGGGGCAAACGUUGGUUGUCAUGAUCGCCAUGAAAAUGGAGUAUGUCAUUAAAGCUCCGUCAGCGGGACUGGUGGAGAAGGUUUUCCACAAAGCCGGUGACAAUGUCGCAAGGGGGACUGAACUCGUGCGAUUGAAGACGGACCAGUCGAGGGAGAAAAAGUUAUACUACGUGGUGGAUGCCAGCCUACCAUUAUCUAAGCUUGUAUUGAUGACUUAUUUUGAAUUAUGUCGGUAUUUCUUAGCAGUGUGUCUCCUGUCCAGAGCAGCAGCUAUGGAAUUGGGUAAUCGAUGA